AUGACUCGCCCUCUGCGAUCCAGGAGCUCCAGGACACGCAGUAGUGGGCCUCAAGAGUCUCCGCAAGAGUUCACAGAUGCCAAUGGGAUCAUACAUACAACAUCACGCAGCUUGCGGAAAGUAAACUAUGCCGAAGUUGAAAAUUCCUAUGACUACAUCAAUGAAGGUGAACAGGACAAUAAUGACAACGAGAAUAAUGACGAGGACGACAGCGAGGAUAUGCCAGUGACAAAACCUUUUCGUGGAAGAAGUAGAACUACUUAUCAUCAAGAUGAGCAAGAGACAGAAGAGCCAGUAAAAACCGACGAGUCAUUGCAACCGGAAAGUGUACCAGCAAUAGAGGCCAGUAAGGAAUCGAGGGCUAAUCAUGUCCACAACGAGGACGAAGACGCCAGUUUCCACGAAGAUGAAGAAGAUGAUGCAGAAGAAGACGACGCUGCCGAUCCUUCAAAUGAUGACGAGUAUUUCUCAGAAGAGUCCGUCAGAAAAACCCGUCGUAGGGCAGAUCGAAAUUUCAUUGUUAGCGACGAGGAGAGUGACGAUGAUGAGGCAGGACUUCGGAGUACUACUAGAAAUCACCGUACGGCACGCUCUUCAUAUCCCGCCGAAGCUCAAGCUGACACGGAUGAGGAUGAAGUCUUGAGAUCAGGAAGGAAGUUCAGAAGCUCAACUCUUCAAGCCCGACAAAGUCGAAGACAUGACAUCUCACCGCCCCGAAAGCUUCGGCGUAGAGGAAGACCUGCAUAUGCAGAUGAAGACGAAGGCACAAGAGCAGAGCAACUGUCAUUGGCGGAUGAGCUACGAGAGCUACGAGAUGACAGUCCAAUAAGAGAAAAAAGGUCGUUACGCGAAAGAACUAAACCUGUCAACUAUACGCUUCCCCCACCUCUACCAGAAAAUUCCAUCGACGAGUAUAACAGAAUCACUAACGAGAACAGCGCAUUGUCAUAUCCAUCUCCGCGGGGUCGACGAAGACAGAUUACAGGCCAGAGUUUUGGUCCAUUAAGAAGACUAUUUCCUACAGGAGGUCCCUUUGGUGGUAAUGACGUGACUGCGAUUUUUGGAACAAACACCAAUUUCUACGAUUCGAACGCUAAUCCCAAUCUGGCAGGAAAUAAGCUUCUUUUAGACUCUGAUUCAUCAGAAGAUGAGAUUGUACCUUUGGGUGCAGCACCAACUAAAAGUAAAACGACCAAACCGAAGAAAAAGAAAUCAGAAAUUGCGGAUCUUGAUCCAUUGGGCGUAGACAUGAACGUAAAGUUCGAAAAUGUGGGAGGUUUGGAUAAUUAUAUUGACCAGCUUAAGGAAAUGGUGGCCUUGCCGCUAUUAUACCCAGAGCUUUAUCAAAAGUUUGCCAUAACACCACCAAGAGGCGUCCUUUUCCAUGGCCCCCCAGGUACGGGUAAGACACUAAUGGCAAGAGCUUUGGCAGCUAGCUGUUCUACGGAUCAGCAAAAGAUCACAUUUUUCAUGAGAAAGGGAGCCGAUAUACUAUCUAAAUGGGUCGGCGAAGCAGAAAGACAAUUACGACUACUUUUUGAAGAGGCAAAAAAGCAGCAACCUUCUAUCAUUUUCUUUGAUGAAAUAGAUGGCCUUGCACCCGUCAGGAGCUCCAAACAAGAGCAGAUACACGCAAGUAUUGUUUCCACAAUGCUUGCACUUAUGGAUGGUAUGGACAAUAGAGGACAAGUCAUUGUUAUCGGAGCUACCAACAGGCCGGACGCCGUUGAUCCUGCUUUAAGGAGACCUGGACGUUUCGACAGAGAGUUCUACUUUCCUUUGCCAGAUAUUGACGCGCGCGCUAAGAUUUUGGAGAUACACACGAAAAAGUGGAAGCCCCCUCUGCCCGAACAUUUCACCAAAAAACUAGCUUCGUUGACGAAAGGUUACGGUGGUGCUGAUUUGAGAGCCCUAUGCACCGAAGCUGCGCUUACAAGCAUUCAAAGAAAUCUACCUCAAAUUUAUCAGUCCGAUGCCAAACUAAAUAUCGAUCUUUCGACUGUCGAUGUGAAAGCAAGUGAUUUUAUGUUGGCUUUGGAAAAGAUAGUGCCUUCGUCAGCCAGGUCGACAGGCAGUUCUGCCCAACCACUACCCGAGACUAUUAGUCUUUUGCUCAACGAGCAACUCGACGAAAUUAAGAGAAAGAUUCAGCAUUUGAUGCCAAUCAAUCCAAAUGCCCCUCGCAAAGGUGCUUCUUUAAUCAAGCAUUACGCAGAGUAUGAAGAAGAUCAUUCUGAUGAGGCAGAGGAUGGAUUUUUGAGAGCAGAGUUUUUAAGAACAGUGGAAAAGUCUCGUAUCUGCAAGCCGCGUCUAGUUGUUACAGGCUCAAGAGGUAACGGUCAGCAAUACAUUGGAGCAGCUAUUCUUCACUUCCUGGAAGACUUUAAUAUUCAAAUGCUUGAUGUUGGCACGCUGGUAAGCGAUGCUACCAGAACCCCAGAGGCUGCCAUAGUUCAAGUGUUUACUGAAGCAAGAAAACGCCAACCCUCGGUGCUCUAUAUUCCUAACAUCGACAUCUGGAUUCAAACACUUCCUUCAAAUGCAAUACUUACUCUUGCAAGUCUCUUGGGAACGCUGGAAAAUAGUGAAAGAGUGCUACUUCUAGCAGUAGCAAGCGAAUUAAAGGAUCAAGACUUCACCAAUGGUGUCCUAUCCCCUCUCGAUUUGAGCAAAGGUAUUUUUACCAUUCAAAGGCCUUCAAAUGCUCAAAAGAUGCUUUACUUUGGCACAAUUACCAAAUUGCUGAGGAUGAAACCAUCGAGUUUCGCUUCGGGACGGAAAAGGACCAAGCCUUUGCCUCAACUUCCUCUAGCAACAAAGCCCACCACUCUGGAGAUUCUCGAUGAUAAUGGACGACCUUUAACCGAAGAAGAAAAACUUGUUAAUACCUUAAAAGCUCAUCAAGCGCAUGAUAUGAAGUUGAAAAACACCUUGAAGAUAAAAUUGUCAGGGCUGAUGGACCUUUUCAAAAAUAGGUACAAAAGAUUUAGAAAGCCACCGAUCGACGAUACUGCGCUUGUUCACUUAUUCGAGCCAACUCCUGUGAUGCAAGAAAAUCCGGAUUAUCAGCAACCCUACGUCAAAGUCGAUAAUAUGAUCCUUGAAUGUGCGAGUGGGAGAAAGUUCUUCAACAUGGAUUUGGACAUCGUGGAGGAAAGGCUAUGGAAUGGGUUUUACUCCGAGCCUCGUCAAUUUUUGAAAGACAUCGAGCUCAUUUAUCGUGAUGCUCACACCAGCGGCGAUCGUGAACGAAUCAUAAAAGCAUCUGAAAUGUUCGUCAAUGCUCAAAUGGGAAUAGAAGAGCUAUCGCAACCAGAAUUUGUACAAGAAUGCAAAGCCGCCAGACAACGAGAGGUCACCCGGCAAAAGUUAUUCCUGCAAAAAGAAGCAGAACGCAAAGCUCAAGAGGAGACAAUGCUGAAAGCUCAGGAGCAACUUCAAUCCAAUCCGGUUGAUCUUUCAGCUAACGAUAAUUUCAAUGACAAAACAGAUGUCGACUCAGGCCCCGUAAGCUCUGGCAUACAGACAUCGAAUGACGACAGUGUGGACAAUAACAUUCUAGGCGUCGGCUCUGGUGGGCAACUGCAAUGUGAAGCUCGUCCCGAAAACGUAACUGCAAACAUAGCAGAAGCCAACAACAUUAACGAAGAGGGAAAUCCAGAUGAACACGAUUCGAAAGCUGACUUUGAUAAAUUGGCAUCUCAAAAUAGCAGUGCAAGCGACAUUGCAGAAAGUCCCAAUACUGCUGAUAGCGCAAAAACUUCUACUGCUGAACAAAGCAAUGAAUCUCAUGCUGUCGCUGAGGAGCCAAAGCCGGAUUUUGUGUUUGACGAAAAUAGAUUUCAGCAACUUCUGGAUCAAUUGAGAGUGAACACCCAGAGGUUCACUGUAGAGCAGCUAGAAGAGAAAUACGCAUCUCUUUUAGAUGUUGUAUGGGCCGAGAGGUAUUCUUGGAAUAAAACGGUUGCUCUUGAUAGACUGGAGCAUCUUAUCAACGUGAGCUGA